AUGGACUAUUCCUAUGAUGAGGACCUGGACGAGCUCUGUCCGGUCUGCGGGGACAAGGUCUCCGGGUACCACUACGGGCUGCUCACCUGCGAGAGCUGCAAGGGCUUCUUCAAGCGGACGGUGCAGAACAACAAGCACUACACCUGCACCGAGAGCCAGAACUGCAAGAUCGACAAGACCCAGCGCAAGCGCUGCCCCUACUGCCGCUUCCAGAAGUGCCUCACCGUGGGGAUGCGCCUGGAAGCCGUGCGUGCCGACCGGAUGCGGGGAGGGAGGAACAAGUUUGGACCCAUGUACAAGCGGGACCGUGCCUUAAAGCAGCAGAAGAAAGCUCUGAUCCGUGCCAAUGGCUUCAAGCUGGAAACCGUGCCUCAGAUCAUGUCCCCGGUGCAGAACGACUACAGCCUGUCCUCCACCAUCCACAGCAUCCACGCCAUGUCCAAGACCUUGCCGCCCAACCCCGCUGCCCUGACGCCCAUCGACUACGAGCGCAGCCCCUACGGGACACCCUCCCUGGGAAUGACUGUGCCCAGCCACGCGCCGCUCGCCGGCUACCACUAUCCCUCCUUCCCCAACCGCACCAUCAAGUCUGAGUACCCGGACCACUACACAAACGUCCAUGAGUCCGUGCCUGCCUACGUGUACCCAGAGACCUACCCCAGCAGCUCCCCCCCCGACAUCCCCGAGGUCAUCCUGAAGCUGCUGCAGCUGGAGCCCGAUGAGGCCCAGGUGAAGGCACGGAUACUGGCCUGCCUACAGCAAGAGCAAGGCAAAGGCCGGCAUGAGAAGCUCAGCACCUUCGGCCUCAUGUGCAAGAUGGCCGACCAGACCCUCUUCUCCAUCGUGGAGUGGGCACGGAGCUGCAUCUUCUUCAAGGAGCUGGAGGUGGGCGACCAGAUGAAGCUGCUGCAGAACUGCUGGAGCGAGCUGCUGGUGUUCGACCACGUCUACCGGCAGCUGCAGCACGGCAAGGAGCACAGCGUGCUGCUCGUCACCGGCCAGGAGGUGGACAUGUCGACUGUCACAGCCCAGGCUGGGUCCAUCCUGAACACACUGGUGCUGCGGGCACAGGAGCUCGUCCUGCACUUGCACUCUCUCCAGGUGGACCGGCAGGAGUUCGUCUGCCUCAAGUUCCUCAUCCUCUUCAGCCUUGAUGUGAAGUACCUGGAGAACCACACGCUGGCUAAGGACGCUCAGGAGAAGGCCAAUGCGGCGCUGCUGGAGUACACAAUUUGCCACUACCCCCACUCCACGGACAAGUUUCGCCAGCUGCUGCUGCGGCUGGCGGAGGUCCGGGCGCUGAGCAUGCAGGCGGAGGAGUACCUCUACCACAAGCACCUGAGCGGGGAGGUGCCCUGCAACAACCUCCUCAUCGAGAUGCUGCAUGCCAAGCGGACUUGA